AUGACGACGACGACGACGAUCUCCAACCUUCCAGCGGAAUUGGUGGAAAAGAUCAUCUCUCGAAUUCCGUUGACAUCUAUGAGAUCAGUUCGAUUAACUUGCAGAAAUUGGGACACUUUAUUCAAAAGCCGGAGCUUUACGGAGCUGCACAUCGGUAAGAUCGCAGCAGCAGCAGCAAGGGAAGGCGAGUCUCCUCCGGUGAUCGUGUUGAUGGAACACCAACUUUAUCUGAUGAGCGUCACGGCAAAUUCAGGAAUCGACGCUGAUCCAUCUACACAGCCUAAAGGUAAACUAAUUAGAAACGAUUCAGACCAACAAGUCAAGAUACAUCAGAUCUAUGAUUGCGAGGGUUUACUGUUAUGCACCUUGGAAGACGACAAGAGGAUUGUGGUUUGGAAUCCGUAUUUGGGCCAAACAAGGUGGAUCAAACUAAGGUUUUAUUUCGAAUACCCACGGGACGGAACCGACAGGUACCGCUACGCUCUGGGAUACGACGAGACUGACAAGACUUGUCGCAGCUACAAAAUCUUGAGGUUUAUGGAUGUUAACUUGGCUCACUGGGAUCAUUAUGUGCCCUAUGAGCCCAAGGAUGACCCUUUAUGGUAUGAAAUCUACGAUUUUGACUCUGGUGAAUGGACUACUCUUGAUGUCGGAAAUCCACACUGGUUUAUCAACUUUGAUAGCUUUGGCGUGUCUCUCAAGGGAAACACUUACUGGAAAGCUUCACCUAGGAUCUUGGACGAUGGAUUCGUCAAGUACUUUAUAUGUUUUGAUUUUACAAGAAAUAGGUUUGGACCGCUUCUGCCUCUGCCGUUGAUGGCAUUGGAUCAUGAGCCUGUGACUCUAUCUUGUGUUAGAGAAGAGAAGCUUGCGGUUUUUUAUCAGAAGGACGUCCGUGCUUUGACGACGAAGGUUUGGAUUACGCAGACGAUUGAGGCCAAGGAGGUGUCGUGGAUCCAGUUCUUGACACUGGAUAUGAAUCCGGAUUUACUUGGUUUGAAUCCUUGUCUUUCAGUUGGGAGUUUCUUCAUUGACGAGGAGAAGAAAGUCGCCGUUGUUUUUGGUAAGGACAAAUGCACUGAGAGGCACAAAGUUUACGUCAUUGGAGAGUCUGGACACUUUAGAGAAGUGCCACUCCAAGAAUAUACCGACAGGUGGUCUCUUAUGCGUGCGUGUUGUUAUGUUCCGAGUCUUGCGCAAAUCAAGCAACCAAGAGGAGGUCAAAGGGAACAACAAAUCAGCUUAGCACCGGUUCUUGAAAGGCUAAAGAUUUCGAGAUUUCUCUCAUUUGGACAGCAAAUGUUGAUGACAAAGGAGAAUGGAAGAGCACUUUAUCUCAACAUACAAUAG